GGUCAUGAUAGAACCACAAUACAAUUUGGACAUGAACCUGAUGAAAUCAAGCAAUACCUUGAUACUAGAUAUAUUGGUGCAUCAGAAGCAGUAUGGAGACUAUUCGAAAUGCAUUUAUAUGAAAAAUAUCGAAUAUUGUGA